AUGGCACAGGACCACCCUGAUCUCAAGAUCAUCGCCGGUGACGACCAAAAGUCUACCAUCUUGGACCGCCUUGCUCCAUUCGAGGAUGCUGACGCUUUGAAGUACAUUAGUGGCCUCGGGUUCCACUGGUACCGUGAUCUCGACUUCUUCUUCUUCAGCUUGGGUGGUGACUUUGACAAGCUGUUGACCUUCAGGAAAAAGUACCCGGAUGUUUUCAUGCUCGCAACUGAAGCCUGUGAAGGCUAUUUACCAAGCUGGUUGGGCACAGGCUCCGGUGUUUCACUUACUAACGCCGAUAAGAGCUGGUCGCGUGCUGAAAACUAUGCACACGACAUCAUUGAAGACCUGAACAACUAUGUCGUUGGCUGGACAGACUGGAAUCUGGCACUCGAUACGACGGGGGGCCCAACGUGGGCGAAGAAUAAUGUGGACGCACUGAUAGUGGAUGGCAGCGAGUUCUACAAGCAGCCCAUGUUUUACAUCAUGGGCCACUUCUCCAAGUUCAUUCCGGCUGGAUCAAAGCGCAUCGAGUUCCCCAAGACCAAGACACUGAGUAACUUUCAUCGAUCCGUAACGGUGAGCGUGAAGCAGACAGAUUCAAAGACAUUCACAUUGUCGCUGCCUGCGCAUUCCAUGCAGACCGUGAUCCUGCCAGCGUCAGACGCGACCAAAAUCUUGUAA